AUGGAGAGUGAUGAAGAGAUUGAUAGCACCGAUAGACUGGUGAUUAAAUAUUUCUCCUUGGGUUUUCAACAAAAAGAAAUACUUGCAUUUUUACAAAUUUUGCAUGGAAAGACAAUGUCCCAUAGAACAUUAAAGAGGCUAUUAAGUAGGUUAAAGCUAUUUAGGCGUAAAGAUUAUUCAAAGAUAGAGGACGUGGCAAAGUUUUUAGAAAAUGAACUCAAUAAAUCAGGUCAACUUCAUGGGUAUAAGUGGAUGCAUUUGCGUUGCUUGCAUAAUAAGUUGGUUGUUACUCAGGAGGUUGUUAGGGAUCUACUAGGUCUACUGGAUUCUCGAGGAGUGGAACUACGUCGAAAAGGAAGACUUCGCCGUAGACAGUAUGACAAUAAGGGCCCAAAUUAUCUAUGGCAUGUAGAUUCUUACGAUAAGUUAAAGCAGUAUGGCGUAUGUAUAAACGGUUGCAUAGAUGGGUUUUCGAGACAUAUAAUUUGGUUAAGGGCGGGACCAACUGCAAGUGAUCCUAAGGUUAUCGCAGGGUAUUUCUUAAAGGGAGUAAAAUUAAUAGGCGGUUGUCCUAAAACCAUAAGAUGCGAUAUGGGCACCGAAAAUGGAACAAUGGAGAAGAUUCAAAAAACCUUGCAUGAAGUAUUUAAUGAAUCUCCAACAAGUAGGCCUUGUUUUCUGUAUGGAAAGAGUAUGCACAAUCAGCGCAUAGAAGCCUGGUGGUCAAUGUUACGCAAACAUAAUGCACAGUAUUGGAUGAAUAUAUUCCAAAUAUUAAAGGAGGAUAAUACGUUUGAUGGUUCAUUUUUGGAUAAAUCACUGAUUCAGUUUUGUUUUUUGCCUUUAAUACAGGAGGAACUUGACCAAGUUUGCUUGGAGUGGAAUAUUCAUAGAAUCAGAAAAACAAGAAACGCAAUUGCUCCAGCAGGAAGACCAACUAUAAUGUAUGAGAUGCCAUCUUUGUAUGGAGCGAACGAUUACCUUAUAAAUACUCCACCGUUUGCGAUUGAGCAACUUUCAUUAGAAUGCACAUUCAUUCAGACACCAUGCGAUAAUGAUUUUUAUGAUCUAUGUUGCAUUUUAAUGGAAGAAAAUAAUUUAACGAGAUGCUCUGAUCCCUAUUUAACUAUAAACUUAUAUGUAGAUCUUAAAAAUAAGUUAAUUCCCUUAUUUCAGUGA